AUGCUAGACGAUAAACAAUCAUCUAUAGUCCGUCCAAAAGCUGUACCGCCUAUGUUUACACCUGUUUUAACACAAAAUUCACAAUCAUCAUCAAUAAUGCAUAGUACAAAUCGAUUAUCACAACAAGCUCUUACAGAAAUUGGUACAAUGAUUCGUAAACAUGAUCGAGAUGCUACACGUUUAUAUGAUUGUAUUGGUCAAGUAAAAGUUUUUUCAUAUAAUUCAAAUGAAUUACGUUGGGAAAAUUCACCUAAUAUUGAAGGAAAUUUAUGUGUCUAUGAAAAACAACAAACAAUUAAUAAUAGAAUAUGUCCAUCAUAUGCAUUUGCAAUUAUUAGUGGAGAGAAAUAUCUUAUACAAGCAAUUACAUCGGAUAUGGUACAACAUGCUGAUAAAUUACGUUUAUUCUAUGAAGUUGCUCGUAAUGAUCGUCGUGAAGUUUUUUGUUUACAUUUUUUAACUGAAUCUGAAUGUCUUCGAUUAAGUACAUUUCUUGGUCGAUGUAUUCAAGCUAUACGAACCAUUGAGGAACAGCAACAACAACAACAACAACAGCAGCAAGCUCGUAUAAUACCAUCUUCUGUUCCUAUUGAUACUCAAACACAAUUAAAUGGACAGAUACCAUCAACUAUGUCUGUUCAACAAACACCAACAAAUGUUUACCGACAACAAAUACCACAGCAACCAAUUAUAUUACAAAAUCCAACAACAUCUCAAUUCGGAUCAUCUCGUGUUAACAUUAACCAAACUCCAACUCGUUUAACUGCAUCAUCAAACAUUGCUGUUCAGCAACAACAACAACAACAACAAAGUAAUUCUUAUCCUCCUCAAAUACCUAUUGAUCUUAUUCAUACAAAUCUACGACGUGUAACUCCUACUGUUCCAUCAACAUCCCUUGGUCAAAUUGAAGUUCCAAAAACAAUCGAACAAACUCCAUUUCCUCCUUCACCUGUUCCAUUAACAAAUGGAAAUAAUAAUAAUAAUAAUAAUAACAAUAACAAUAGUACUGAAGAUCCAACAUCAUCACUUAAACGGCUUCUUAAUAUUCGUGGUCAAAAUGCUUUAGAAAAUCUCUCUCUUGAUGAUAGUUCAGUUUUUACAAAACAACAAACACAACAAAAUUUACUUGAUCUCAUGCCACCAUCAGCAUUUGAACCAAUAGCAGCAACACCACCAUCACCUGUUGUUGCUAUUGGUGCUGAACGUACGAAACAUCGUUUAUCAACUCAAUUGGCUCCAACAAUGAGUCGUGAACAUUUUCGUAAUGUUCUUAUUCAUCUUGUUCAAAAUGAUGAUCAUUUUCUUGAUAUUAUUUAUCAAGCAUGUCUCACACAUCCUCCAACAUCACAAUAA